AAGGUGUUCUCCGCACAGCGGAAGAUGGCGACAGACUGAGGGGUCACGGCCAGCUGGAGCCACUGGCUAUGCCCCUCGGCCAGCGCCACUGUGAUGCCAAGCCGCGGCGGAAGUGAGAGGCUGGAUAACUAAGUGGCGGGCGACUGUGGCGCUGCCAGGAGCGAGGUGGCCCUCCUUAGCCGGAACUCCGAGAGCAGCAGGCGCAGAGCCGAAACGGAGCCCGCCCGAAACUGGCUCUGGCGACGGGGGAAAGCGCGUGAGCAGCCCGAAGGGCCCGGCGCCGAGUUGGCCGGCGGACGUAGGACAGUGCGAGCGAGGUCGAGAGCGGUGAGGUGCGGGCAGCGGACUGGCGGGAGCAGCUCCAAGAGGCGACGCCGGGCGAGGGAGCGGAGCCGAGCGCGGCGGCCGCCCCUCGCGGCAGCGCUGAGGGGCGCUUAGGGGCGCAGUGCAGCGCCGAGCCGAGAUGGCCCGAACGGAGUGCUAGCCGGGCAGCCGCUGGCGCGGAGUAGUGGCGCGGAAGCCCAGCGAAGCCGAGGGGCCCGACACUAUGAGGAGUGCCGCGCCGCCGCCGCAGCCGCCACCGCCCCAGUGCCCUGCACCGCUCCCCGCAGGGACGCUGGGCUGCGCCUAGAGGGCCAGUGGCCUCUCCCGGGUUGCAAGCGAGGGGCUUCGGGGCUCGGGGACGGCAAGAGAGGGCCAGCCACUCCAGACUGAGCGGGGUCCCCGGCCGACCGACUUCAUUAUGCACCCCCCAAGGUAGAGCCCAGAGGGCGCCAAGAGCGAGGAGCGACGGGCAGCCUGCUCGUCUGGCCUCUAGCCCUCCUGCUCGCUCCAGCCCGGACCCCCUGAAAUAUGUUCAGGGGCGCUUGGAUGUGGCCCGGGAAAGACGCUGCUGCGCUGACUCUCUGCUGCUGCUGCUGCUGCUGGGCACCCAGGCCAAGCGACAAACCUUGCGCCGACUCCGAGAGGGCGCAGCGAUGGCGACUGUCCCUAGCAUCCUUGCUCUUCUUCACCGUGCUGCUAGCUGACCAUCUGUGGCUGUGCGCUGGAGCCCGGCCUCGGGCCAGGGAACUAAGUGGCGCCCUGCGGCCUCCCUGGGGAGCCGGCCGGGACCGGCGGCCGGCGCCUCCCCGUGCGGUGCUGCCGCUGCCGCCGCCGCCGCCGCCGCUGCUGCCCAGCGAGUCCGGCGCGCGCCCAGGCACUUGCGGCCCUCGUUACAGCAACCUGACCAAAGCCGCCUCCACCGCUGGUCCUGGGCUGGACUGCGGCGGCGCUCCAGAACCCAAGGGACUGGACGCAGCUUGCACCAAAUUGCAAUCCUUGCAGAGACUUUUCGAACCCACCACACCAGUCCCCCCUUUGUGGCCCCCUGACUUCCCUCCCCGGAUCCCGGCCACAUUCCCCUCUGCCAAAAAAAACUUGCUCAAAGGCCACUUUCGGAACUUCACUCUUUCCUUUUGUGACACCUACACGGUCUGGGACUUACUGCUGGGCAUGGACCGCCCGGACAGCCUGGACUGCAGCCUAGACACCAUGCUGGGGGAGCUGCUGGCCUUGGUGGCCAGCCCAGGAUCUGGAGCCUGGGAGGUGUGUAGCAACUGUAUCGAGGCUUACCAGCGGCUUGACCGACAUGCUCAGGAAAAAUAUGAUGAGUUCGACCUCGUGCUGCAUAAAUACCUACAGGCAGAAGAGUACUCAAUCCGGUCCUGCACUAAAGGCUGUAAGGCUGUCUACAAGGCCUGGCUGUGCUCAGAAUACUUCAGCGUGACCCAGCAGGAUUGUGAACGCUGGGUGCCCUGCAAGCAAUACUGCCUGGAGGUGCAGACCCGGUGCCCCUUUAUACUACCAGACAAUGGGGAAAUGGUAUACGGAGGGCUCCCUGGUUUUAUCUGUACAGGUUUGCUGGAUACUUCGCCAAAGCGGCCAGAAACCAAGUGCUGUGAUGUGCAGUGGGUCUCCUGUGAGUCAAAGAAGAAGAAAUUCAAGGAGUCUGAGGCCCCCCAAACCCACCACCAGCAAUUCCACCACUCCUAUUUCCACCACUACCAUGAACAAUACCACCACUACCACACCCACCAUGAACCUCCAGGCUACAGCAGCCACAAAGCCCCUCUGUUGCAGGUCUCUGGGGGAUCUCACCUCAGCCCCAGCAGGAUCCGGAUCUAUGUCCUUGUUCUCAUGCUCCUCCAUACCAUGAUGACUUUCUCCAGCAACCAGGGUGGUGGAGAACUGGGGCUGGAGGCACUGCCUGCCCUAGAUGAGGGCCUGACUCAAGAAGAGUGACAGCAGAGAGGGAGGACAGACCUCCACCACAUGGUGACAUAAGCUCCAGCUCCCUAGGUGGAGAGGGAGAGGACUUCUCCCAUGGGAAGUAUUGGUUUAGGUGGGGGACAAGAAAAUGGGGACUAAACAUCACACCAUUGUACCUCCCUGCCAAAGCAACUCCAGCAGAAUGGCCAGAAGGCCCAGGGAACUGACCAACUCAUCUGUGAGAAAAAAAAUAGCAAGAGCAGCAGGUGCCCCCUGCCCCAUGUCUGGUUCUAUGUACCUAAGCAAAACAGGGAGGAUUGGGGCUAGAAAAUCCCACCUCUGCUGAGAGCCCUCACCCCAGUACAGCAGGCUGUUCACUCAGCAUUGGCCCUACAGGGAAUGUUGGGGGAAACAGAGAGGAUAAGCUCUUUUCCUGUUCCACAUUCCUUUUGUUGCCAUGAUCCUUAAUUCUCUCCUGCCCAAACCCCUAUGGCAGCGGCAGACAGUGAAGUGGCCCUUUUCCCACUCCAGCUCACAUUGCCCUGUGUGGAGACAGCAAGGGAAGUGCUAAGCUACAAGAUGAAGUAGAGUCCCAGCUAGCCCUGGUUGAAUUGUGUCCCAACACCCUAGGUAAUGAGGGUUAAGAACAGUAUGCAUAAUGAACAGUUGGAGAGAGAUGAAAGAGGGACCAGAGUACUGCACAGUGUACUCAGAGACAGAUAAAUUGGCUAUGAGCUAUUGCUACCUGACUUGUGGGACAGGCACAUGAAUGACUUCCCAAGCCUAAGAAGAUUACUUACAGAGCCCUCAAGGGAAAAAACUCAGAAGCAGGACUUACUGGACUUCCGAAAUAAAGGCUGAGGCAAAAGUUCAAACUGCCAGUGUCUGAAGGGCCAUAUUUUACAGAAGGUGCACAUACUCCCAAGGGCCACUCUUGCCCUGGAAAUCUUGGCCUUGGGUCCAAUAACAUUUUCAUUUUUAAUCUCCAUGGGGAGGAGGGACUUAAGCUCUAGUGGGUCAGGCCUGGCUUGAGUCCUCAUUCUCCCCCAUAAAUGUCGUCACCCAGGCCUCCAUGAAGCAGAAUCUGAUAGCAUGGACCUAGGGCUCUCGAGAGAUGAUCCUCCCCAAUUUCCAAUUUGUACUUGUCCCCAACCUACCAAAGAGUAUCCAUCCCUUUCUAUUCCAAUUAUGGAAAAAUCCAGAUUCCUCCUCACCCUGUAUCAGGUCCUAUGGUCAACUACCCCGUCCCUGACUGGAAAAACUCCAGAGAUUAACAAGAGAAUGAAAGAAUAAAAAGUAUUCUGCCAUUCUCUUGGCUGAGAGACUUGAAAUGCUCAAUCAGGCCAAAGAACUAAAGGGCAAGAGACAUUGUAAGCCUCUUAGGAACCUUUAGCUGUCUAUCAGCCUCCUGGGAAGAAAAGCCUCAUUUCCUGGGACACUUAAAUCCAAAAGGAGCAAAAAAGAAAGGGAAACAGAGCUGUGGUCCUAGGACAGACAGAAAGGCUCUCAGUGGCAAAAGAUCUAUGGUGUAGGAUGUGAAAUACCUAAGUUAAGCAGAAUGGUAGGCAUGGACCUGUGUUAGAAAAACAUCAAGAAGGGAUAAGAGAGAACAGGUAGAAUUGUUUCACUUAACAAUGAACAUAAUGACUCCGUUAUAAUGAGCAUGUCUCUCAAUUUGGUCCCAGACUAGGAUUUAUGAGACUGGUGAAUCUUUUCUGCCAGUUUUUCUCAUUUCUCAAAGUGUAUCCUCUUUUCCCCCACCCUUGUGACCUGCUCUCACACUCCCCUGUUUUGUCCUCAGCACUUUGAGCCUAGCGACACUCCCCAUCCCUAGAGUGCUCUUUUCAACUGGGGAGGGGAAGAGGUGCUGGCUUCUUUCCAGAGUUGCUUAUGUAGAUGUGAGAUCCUAGGUACUGCCUUCAAACUCCUGCAUCCUCAUGAGAGGAAAAGUGACUGAAAAGUAAAGGGGAACCUUAUGUUCCCAGAGAAUGAACACUUGGAGACUCCCAUCCACUCUUCCUCUUCACCAAGUGCCCAGGAGACCCCUGGUUCAGACCAGCCCAGGGCCUUGCCCAGUGGCAGGGGAAAGGGGCACCUCACACCACCUCAAAGUCAUUUGACUCCCUGUACACCCUACCACCCAGACUUUCCACCACUCCUCCAGCUGUCCCUGCUCUGUUACAAAAGCAGAGCUUGAUAGCUUUCUUAUGCCAUUUUCUACACUGUGCUUCAUAAGUAGAACUUUCUUGCACUAGUUCCUAUGCCUGAGUCUCCAAGCUGGAAUCCUAGUAGUUUCUUGUCCUUUCUCCCUCACCUGGCUAUGAUUCAAUUGUCUUUGCCCUUCCUCUCCACGCCUCUAUGUUUUGGUGAGAGUCUCUGUAUGUGUACUGCUUUCUGUUUUGUUGCAAUGUGGGGCAGAGGCUUCUCUGCUCUUGUUUAAUCCCAUAAUGAAAUAAAUGGUAAGACUUGAUGAUAA